AUGAACUCCAAAGACGCUCUGGUAAAAGCCAUCCAAGGAAGUCACUCCGUCUUCCUCGUCACCACGCCCGCCUGGGAUGUCGCAGGCUCUGACGCCGAGUUCGUGCGCGGCAAGAACGUCACCGAAGUUUCUAAGGAGACUGGAGUGCAACAUCUCAUUUCCUCGUCUCUGCUUGAUGUCACCAAGAAAUCUGGUGGUCGGCUGAAGCAUGUACACCAUUUUGCUUGGAAGAUCCAGCCAAGAAUCCAACAUGCUUCCUGA